CUCCGCACUGGUCCCCGGCUCCGGCGAAGAUUUCGCCGCGAUCAGUUGCAUUUGCUAGCCAGUAGUCAUCCAGCAGCUAUCAUACGUGCCGUAUCAUCUUCGAAUACCGGUUACUGUUCGCUCGUUCGUUUUGACGUGCCAACGUCAACCCGGCUUGGCUAUCUUUUCGAUCAUCCCUGCGAGACGCACCCCGAUAAUCGAUCCACCUGUUCGUAGAUCGUCAAUGAAAACAGGAGGUCUACCGCCUUUCAUACGUGCUAAUUUAGUACGAAAUGGUAAAGGAGUUGGCAGAUAGUCGCUGUAUCAAUCAUCCGCGAAAAAUAACAAUAGGAUCAGCUGGUCUCAUAUUUUUGGCCGACGGCAUGGACGUGUAUUGAUCUCGCACACGCGACGAGGAUCAUCUACGAGCCACAACGAUCGAUCUCAUCCAUCUGUGACAUUGAACAGCCGUCUCGCGGUUCCACGCGUUUUACGUUUUUAACCAAAUUUUUGGUCGACCCGCGUUCACAUUUUCUUCUCGUCGGAGAAGAUUGAAGUCUGCGAGAAGUUUUUGGAGUCGAAGCUGAACGAGUUCAGGGCGCGAGCGGUGUAUUUACGUCCCUCCACUCAUUACAUCCAUCAGAGUAGACAUAAGGAGUCAGCCAAGAUGGAAAACGCGGAAGGUGUGAAGACCUUUGUGCAACUGUAUAUUUACGACCUGACGAAGGGCCUCGCAUCUAUGAUGUCUGGGCUCGUUAUAGGUCGCCAAGUAGAAGGGAUAUGGCACACAGCUAUCGUCGCCUACGGAGGAGAAUAUUUCUUCGGACCCUCUGGUAUCCAAACUCUACCACCCGGAAGCACGGAUCUAGGGGAACCGCAGAAAAUAGAAAGGAUCGGCGAGACUUACCUGCCCUAUUCCGUAUUCUUCGAGUACUUAACGGGCCUGGGAUCCUCCACGUUCGCCCCGGGCACUUACGAUAUCUUUAAACAUAAUUGCAAUUCUUUCACGGAGGAAGUUUGUAACUUCCUGGUGGGCAAAGGUAUUCCCAAAUACAUUCUCGACCUGCCGGAGGAAAUAUUACAAUCACCGAUUGGUCGAGGGAUCGCAGAACUGAUAGACGGUCUCACUGGCAAUACGGCAUUUAUAGAUCAAACAUUCCUUCAACCAAGAAAUCACAGAGAAGUCUCGCCGGAAUUUCAGCUUUUAAAUGAGGCCAUCGAAGAAGCGAGAUUGAACUCGAUCGCGCUAGAGGAGAGGAGGAACGAGAUCAACGAGAAGCUCGUGAAGAAGCUCACGAAGAAGGAUAGAAAGAAAAAAAAGAAGAAGGAGGAGAAAAAGCAGAAGGCAAGCAAAGAUAGCGGGACGAGCGAUAGCAAGAGCACCGGUACCAGUAAUUGCUCACAUAUGACGGAAAGCGAGAGUACUGUGAGCGUGAGCGACAUGCAAGCCACGAACGGUGAAAGCUCCGAGUUGUCGCCAUCGGACAGAGUCGUGCAGAUGGAGGAAGAAGAGAGGAAAGAACAGGAAGAGAAGAAACGGCGUCGGGAUCCUCCUAUAGUGUUCAAAGACAUGGUGGAUGUGAACGAAGAUUACCAAGCGUUGACAAAGUCGUUGGAAGGGAAGUUGAACGACGAGGAGAAAGUGUGCAUGACCGAGCUUCGACAGUACGUUCUGGAGAACGAAGGCUCUUGGGCGUUGGGCGACAACUUCUUGAACUUCGUAGGCCGAAUUCUGUACGAUAAGUCGUUGGAAAGCGAGGCAAGAGUGAGAUUGUUGAACAUACUUUCUGCGGCCGCGUUAAAGGACGACGUGAUCCUUUUGUUGCACCAGGACAGACGGGAACAUACGAUUAUGAAUUAUGCGUUCGAUAUCGAUCGUCAUCCUCAGGAGGAACAGCUUCCUCUCGCACAAUUUUUGGCAAACAUGUUCGAAAAUCUUAGUAGUUCGGAAUGGCUGUUGUACAUUUCGGAAUGGCAGCAUCAGAAUCAGAAUAUCAGUAACAUAAGGGUGACGACGAAGGUCGCGGUACACUCGUUGCUUUCGAACUCUAUCGACUUGCAAAUACGUGGAGCCGCUAUUAUUCACAACCUUGCCUGCAAGGAGAAAAUGAACAAAAGCAAAAAUCUGCGGCGACUUUUACCGAAAGGCAGCAUUUCUAAGGUGUUCGACGACGUGGCCGUGGAGUUGACAAUGGCGUUGUUGCAAUAUUUCAACGGUAGCCCUGCGGAGGAGCAGCUGUUCGCGUGCAUGAAGUCGUUGGCGCGUUUCACGCAGAUAAGUGGCCAAGACGUGCCACAGCUUAUACAGAUGAUUGGACCGGAACCAAACAAGUUCCGUGGGACAUCCGAGAGGAUCGACGAGCAGAUCGAUCAGGUCAACAAAAAGUUGCGCUAA